GCAAAUGUUUCCAAUCGACGUUAUUUUGAGUGAGGACUGGAGGAAAUUUCGUGGAUUCGCUCUCUGGCAAUAACCAGUUUUAUACUUUUUCUGCAUCACCGUGCAGAAUACAAUGGCUGCCCCAGGGCCUAACAAGGACAACAUCAGAGCUGGGUGCAAGAAAUGUGGAUAUCCGGGCCACUUAACGUUUGAGUGCCGAAACUUUGUCAGAGUUGACCCUCAGAAAGACAUUGUUCUGGAUGUAAGCAGCACCAGCAGUGAGGAGAGUGAAGACGACAUGCCUGCAGCUCAGCGCAAUGAGAAGCUGGGGCGAAGUGGCCAGCAUCGUAGAGGUUCCCAUGAUGAUGACAAUGAUGGCAGAAAAGAGAGACAUAAACAGAAGAAGAGCAGAGAUAGAAAGUCAAGAAAGAGAUCUGUUUCAUCAUCAAGUGAUGAGGAGACCACAAAGAAGAAAAAGAAACGCAGCAGGUCCUACUCCUCAUCUGAUAAAGAGGAGAAGAAGAAAAAGAAACUGAGAAGCCACAAGAAGAAAAGCAAGAAGAACAAAAAGGAGCACGGGAAGCAUCACAAGAAGAGACCUAAGAACAGAAAACACCAAUCAUCCUCUUCUUCUUCUUCCAGCUCAAGUGAAUCAUCAGAUAGUGACUGAGACAACUUGGCUGUGCAGUGUCUGGAGGUCCAACAUAUUUAUUCUUUGGUGUUUUGCAGACAUUGUGCAAAUAGGGCACUCAAGCUGUAAAAAAGAGUCCAACGCAGAAAGAGGGACUUGAAUACACACACUGAGUACACUGUAACCUGCAGAUAAUAGUUUUUCACUGGCACAAGUAGCAACAUCAUGCAAAUGAAAAAAAAAAUCUGUUUGUGGCUCUCUGAAGCAUUUUGGAAAUAUGUACAAAGCCAGGGAACAUGGUCUUAUAUAUUUUUUUUGUCUUGGUCACACUCCAGGGUUAAUUUCAGUACAGACCUGCUGUCAUUUCAUAUUUGACAGUGUUUGUGCAGAGGAAUCUUCAGUGACAUGGUGCAGUGUCAUACAUAUUACUAAAUAUCAGUGUAAGGUUUCUCAAAUCCAAUCAAGACAUUUAAGGAAAAUGACCACAUAUUGUCAGUGUAAUAGAUUCCUGUAAUAAGUCAAGCUGACUUUGCUAGUGUCUUGGCUAACAUAAUGGCAACUAUUAACAACAAUUGGACCAUUUCUUUGUGAUUACUACUAGUUGGCAGCAGUUAAACCACUGACUUACAUCAGUUGACAAUAAUAGAGCCUUUGUCGUCUUUAUGCAUAGAGUUGUUUAAAUGUUUAGAGUGUACUUUUGCUCAGAUGGCUUUAUAGUACAAUGAAACUCCUGGAGCUUCCUGCUAAGACAAUGUGGCUGCUCGUAACGUGAAUUAAUUUUCUCAUUUAACCAACCAUAUCUUGUUGGGACAUUUUCAUUCCAAAGCAUUUAUGUGUGGACAUUUUGGGAACUGUAAUUAACUGAGCCUCUUUAUACAGCUUGUUAAUUUCCUAUUUGCCAUUUACUAUAGCUUCAGUCUGCCUUUGUUUGGUCUUCGCCAGUCAAUGUUCUAUUAUUACAAUAAAUAUAUAUUUGUAUCAA